CUCCCCCAACAUUCUCCUAUUUUCUCUUUCUAAAACUCCUAUUUCCAUCUUGUCCUUUUUCCAUCCUAGAGAGAGAAAAUCCAGGGAUCCAUCAAUCUUAGAGAGAGAAACACUAACAUCAAUGGAUGACGGAAGCUGCGCUGUGUGUGCUGAAACACUCGAAUGGGUUGCGUACGGCCCGUGCGGCCACCGCGAUGUCUGCGCACUCUGCAUCGCUCGUCUCCGAUUCGUCUGCGAUGAUCGCCGUUGCUGCAUUUGCCAGUCUCUCUCUCCUUCCGUCUUCAUCACCCGGGCAUUAGGAUCUCUCACGAGGGUAAUAAAUGACUUUUCAAUUCUUCCAGCUGAUGCUAAAGAUGGUAAGGUGGGAUCAUAUUGGUAUCAUGAGGACACACAAGCAUACUUUGAUGAUUUGGAUGAGUACAAGAUCAUCAAAGCUAUGUGUAAGCUCUCAUGCAGUGUUUGUGACAAGUUGGGGGUUGAAGGGAAAAGAAAUUCCAGAAGAAAAGGGAAAAUUAAGAGUGUUGAGCAACUCAAAGAUCAUUUAUCCCAUCAACAUGAACUUUUCUUUUGCAGUCUCUGUUUAGAAUACAAGAAGGUGUUCAUAUCUGAGCAGAAGUUAUAUAGUCGAGUCCAGUUAAGACAGCAUAUAAGCUAUGGUGAUUCAGAUGUUGACGGUAGUGAAAAUGAAAGAUGUGGGUUUUCUGGACAUCCAUUCUGCGAGUUCUGUCAGAGACCAUUUUAUGGUGACAAUGAACUUUACUUCCACAUGUCCACUGAACAUUAUACUUGCCACAUAUGCGAGAGGCUGCGUUCUACUGAGUCUACUCCAUUUGAAUACUACAAGGAUUAUAAUGACUUGGAGAACCACUUCCGUGAAGCUCAUUUUCUUUGUGAGGAUGACACAUGCCUUGAGAAGAAGUUUGUUGUUUUCUCGACAAUAGCUGAUAUGAAGCAUCAUAGUGCUUUGGAACAUGGUGGAUCAAUGUCUCGUUCAAAACGCCAAAAUGCUUUGCAGCUACGUGCAUGCUUUCAUCAUCGGGAAAGGGACGAAGGUCUCCAUGUUAGAGCACAUGCUUCACUUCCUGGGACAUCUAAUGUUCGACUCUCUUCUGCUAAUUCAGCUAAUGGUGAAAGAACCAACACCAAUUUACUGUAUGAUGCUACAUCAGCUGUGCAAGCAAUUCCUAUUCACAGAGAGACUAGUGAUAUUGGUUCUGCUGCAACUACUGUGCCAUCUUCAGGACACCGACAGGGAGCAGCACUGGACUUCAGAAGUGUACUUCUAAAUGGUUCCGAACUGCCUAGAUCAACAAAAAGACGACGACACAAAUCUAGAAAGAAGUCGGAGGAAAUUGGUAUCAAUCACUCACCAGCAAUCAGUUCAUCGCAACUUAGGUUGUCAGAUGCAGAACAUUUAUCACAAUCUAGCCCAAUUAUCUCACAUCAGAUUGGAGCUUUGGCAGUUGGUCACUCCCCAUCCUCUAACUCGAUCAGUUCUUAUAGUCUGCUUUCUUCGAUGUCAAGUGACAUUGCAUCUGCUAGUUCUGCAAAUUCAUUAACUAUUAGUGUUGAAGAUGUGGCCCCAUCUUCUUCAGCUCCAAAUGUCAUUAAUAAAGCAUCUAAUGAGGGUACAGUAAUUGGAGAUGACAUUAAGGCUGCGAACAAGUCCUUGGUUGAGAAAAUAUGUGCUUCCUUAGAAUAUGACAAGGACAAAUAUGCCGCCUUCAAAAUAAUUUCAAAAGAAUAUCGUGAGGGUGAGAUUGGUGCUGGAGAAUACUUUGCAUAUGUUCAUCAGUUUGGCCUUGCUCAUCUUAUUGUUGACUUGGCUAGACUUUGUCCUGAUCCACAGAAGCAAAAGGAACUCAUGAAAAUUCAUAUGACCAGUUUGGGAAACAGUAUUGAAAACAGGCCGAGGAAAGAGAGCUGUAAAACAACUGCUAGUAAACUUUCCAAUAAAGGAAAGGAAAAAUGCGGAGAUUCUGGUGGCGGCAUUAAAGGGGAGUCCUUGUUGGAUAGCAUUGCAAAUAAUUUUAAGGAUCUAAAGUUGGAUGCUAAGCCUCGGGAAGAGGAUUUUCCCUCAUUAAAGGUUGUGGAACGUUUAUUCGAAAGAAAUUCCAAGACUUCAAUUAUUGAAGAUGUGGGUCAUGUGAGUGGAGGUGGCUCAAACAAUUCUCCAGGAGAAGCUACAGCUGGAGGCAAAAAGAAAAUGAAGAAAAAGUCGAAGUUCCUCAAGGCUCGCCUAGGUGAAAGUUCAGCAUCAGCAGUUCCAGAUAGCAGCUGUUCUGACUUGGCCUCUGAUCUGAUGGUGGUUAGACCUGAUCAAGACUCAAUUCUUGCUUCAGUUAGAGGGGUUUGGAGAAAUGAUGGGGGCAGGAGACUGAUGAAAUUGAGCCAGGCAGUACCAACGAAUCGAUGAACUUCUCCUUCUGGCAAACUUAACACCAAGCAGCAAAGUGCCGAGAACAGUUUCACCUGGAAAUAUUUAUAGAUUUUCUCUUUUGUAAUCUGCAUUUGCUGCACUUUUAAUAGUUGUUAAUGAUCCCGGUUACUUGGUAAGGAAUGAUGUGGUACUCAUUUUUGGUGAAAUGAUGAAUUGAGAGCCCACUUUCAUGAACAAGUUGUAGCUGUGUAGAAACGACAUACUUGUGUAAUAUUGAUAGCCUCUAUAUAUACCAAGACAAUCACACCUUACUGGAUCAUUAAGAAUGAGCAUCGCUUAUAAAGAUGUUUAUUUGUUGGGAGCUGCACGUGAGCUUCGACCAAACUACCAAA